CUCUUUUCGGGGGGGUCUUGGGGUCCUCCCCGGGUUUCUUCCCUCCGGGACGGCCAGGAAGGGCUGACCCAGCUGGGAAGCUCUUUUAGGGGGGUGACCGGGGUUGGGAGCGGGCUCUGCGCAGUUCCCCCCCCCCCCCGACACGGAGGAGGAGUUAUGUGAAGCGCGGAAGGAACCGAAAGCGCGGGCAGCGGCGGCAGCGGGGGGGUGCCGGGGGGGUCCCGGCCCUGCGCGCCCCGCCAUGCCCGGCUCCGGCACCCCGCUCCUAGAAGAUGACUUCCAGUUCAUCCUUUGCGAGGGCUGCCAGCAGGAAUCGACCAGCCUCAAGCUCCUCACCUGUCUUCACACCUUGUGCCUUGGUUGCCUGAGCAAGAACAAGCCCAUCGGGCAGUGCCCCAUGUGCCAGAUGCCCAUCCCACAGACCAGUGGCAUUCCUGGCAUGGACAACCUGCUCUUCACCAACCUGCAGGCCAGGCUCAAGGUCUACAAGAAGAUCAUUGGUGGAGUUGACUUGUUCUGCGAUAACUGCAAGAAGCCCAGUGAGCUCUGGUGCUGUGAGUGUGAGGAGUUCCUCUGCAGCAAGUGCUCUGAGGCCCAUCAACGCUAUCUGGCAAGCCACGAAGCCAAAAGGGUGAUGGACAUCAGGGCAGGGUCCGCUAAGGACUUCCUUGAAGGCACCCAGAGGACCAGUAACUUCUCCUGCUCCAACCUGGCUCAUAAGACCCAAACUGUAAGCAUCUACUGCCAGCAGUGCGAGAAGGCGCUGUGCUGCUCGUGCGCGCUGCUGGACAGCCGGCACACGUCCUUCUGCGACAUCCGCAGCGAGACCCAGCGCCGGCAGCAGGAGCUGGGCACCAUCACCCGCGCCCUGCGGCAGCAGCGCGGCGGCUUCGAGGCCACGUGUGCGGCGCUGCAGGGGGAGGCCGCGCGGCUGGAGCGGGCGCAGCGGGAGCUGCGGGAGCUGAUCCGGCAGCGCGUGGAGCAGCUGGUGCGGCUGCUGCGGCGCGAGGAAGAGGAGCUGCUGGGAAUGCUGGAGGCGCGGCAGGAGCAGGGCCGGCAGGAGCUGGCGCGGGAGCUGCAGCGCGUGGAGGGGGUGCUGCGGCGCAUGGAGGCGGGUGAGCGGCUGGUGGAGAAGAUGAGCCUCUACGCCACGGAGCAGGAGGUGAUGGACAUGCAGCCCUUCAUCAAGGGCGCGCUGCAGGACCUGCAGCGGGCUGUGGUCAGGAGCCAAGCGCAGCCCGUGGACUUUGCUGAGUGCAGAGCCAAGCUGCAGGCGCUGGUGGAGCGCGUCGAGGGACACCCAGGUACCUCUGCUCCCCACCACAACUCACUGCCUGAAGAUGGGACCACCCUGAUCCUCGACCUGGAGCCUCCCAGGGAGCAUUGCCAACCGCAUGGAGGUCUGCCCAUGGGGCUGCCUGCCCCUCACCAGCCCUGUGCCCCCAUAUCAGACCCCUCAUGCAGCAGAGGACACGUGUGUCCAAACCAAGGAGGGGAUAUGUCCCCCACCCAAACCACACCUCCAGCCCUUCCGAUGCAGAGGGAUGAAGAAGCAGAGGAAGACUCCAGGUCAGCUCACGGGGACACUGUGCCUCUUCCCAGGAGCAUCCAGGACUCUCUGGCCUUGCUGCAGGAAGAUUUCGGUGGCUGGGCCAGGUCCAACAGGCAGCAGGCAGAUAAGCUCCUGAAGAUGGGCAAUCGCCUCCUGCAAGCUCAGCACCGGGCAAACAGGCACUUGGUGUCCAUGACCCAGGAGAUCCGGGCCAUGUCCCACUCCCUGGCCACCAUCGCCUCUGCUGUGGGCCCCUUGCUGCAGGCCACAGCCAGCCGACGGGACCCCCCCCACCCAGACACGGGCUGGCCGUCGCUGCCCUCCAGCAUGCUGGAGUUACUCCUUCCCAGCACCCUGCAAAGGCAGGAGUCACCGGUCCCAGUGGCUGCCACGGCCCCUUCCCCUGUGAGCUCCCCUCCUGCCACCUCCCCUGCAAGCCCAGUGUGCUUGGAGCCCCCCAGCCCAGCCUUCGAGGAGGAACAUCCCAAAUCAAGGCAUCCCACCAGCAGCAAGCGUGGUGGGAAGCCCAGCACCAGGCUUCAGAAGCGAAGGAAGAAGUGAGAGGCUACAAACCAGAACACUUGCCGUGGCCUGCAGCUGCUUGGGAUACCCCUAUGGAGACCAGUGUCUCCAUUUCAUCUUGCUGUGCCAAUAAAUCCUCAUGGAAUGGAUGGUGCAUUGAUCUUUUGCUGGCUUUGAGAAGGCAGCGUCUCCACCCCAAACAAGGCCUCGCUACUGCAUGGCAAUAACAUGCUUGGGAACAGCAUGAUCUUACUCAUUUUCCUUUUGCUUUCCUUCCCAGCAUGUGUUGACCUCCUGGCUUAUGGGUCUGGGAUGGGUGGGAAGGCAGCAAACCCAUAUGGGAGAACUGGAGGAAAGGCUUUGGGACAAGGAUGGGUGAAUGAGCUGGCGGGUGGCUGGGCAGCCCAGCUUGCAAGCUCACUGCUGGAUUUCAGCCUCAGUAGCAUCUCCAAGAGGUGACCCUUCAAGGAAUCAUAGAAUCAUAGAACCAACCAGGGUGGAAAAGACCUUUAAGCUCAUCAAGUCCAACCAUUCCCCAGCACUGCCAAGGCCACCACUAACCCAUGGCACUGAGGGCCUUGGCUACACGGUGUGUGAACACUUGCAGGGACGGUGACUCCAGCACUGCCCUGGGCAGCCUGUUCCAAUGCCUGAGCACCCUCUGGGGAAGAAAUUGUUCCUGAUCUCUAGUCUAAACCUUCCCUGAUGCAGCUUGAGGCCGUUUCCUCUUCUGCUGUCACUUGUUUUUUGGGAGAAGAGACCAGCCCCCUCUUGGCUCUGGGGCUGGUAGGGGAGAGAUGCUGCUGCUGGUUGUGGACCCUGAGGGCUUGGUUGCUCCUUGGUUGCUCCUCAUCCUCCUUGCUGGCUGCCCAGGGCCUGCACAGGGCACGGUUGGUGAUGCCUAUCAGGAGACUGUGAGCCCUGAUACUCACUGCAGGGGUGAAUUACAGCCCCACAUCCGAAAAGUGACACAUCUACCUUGGCAGAUAGAGAGAUUCUCUGCUUGGACAGCUUUGAGGAGGACACGAUGAGGAGUAGAUGGUGAGCGCAGCUAAAGAGCUGUCAGUGCUCCUUUGGUCAGCAGCAUCCAACCCCUCUAGCUGGGAUAUGAACCUCCUAAACGGGCACACAGGGGUAUGGUUUUCCUACCUCUUUCCUCUCUGCUUUCCAAGCUCAAAGACAGCCCAGGAAUUGCUUGAUGCACCUCAUUGCUCUUUGGCUCCUGCCUCCAGAUGGAGAAGAAAUAAACCAUUUCCCUGG